UGUCGUCUGUUCUCCUCCAUCUUUUCUUCGAGGAAGGAGAAGGCGAAAUGGCUUUGCUCUCAUUACGUUUGGCCACAUCUGUGGCAAGGCAUUUACCCAGCGCUGCCCCACAGGUGGCUAAUUUAACAUGGCCUGCUGCACAAGUGGCAAGUCGCAAGCUGCAUGUUUCAUGCAGCCGGAGGGCUGCUGAAAUAUCAUCCAUCCUCGAAGAAAGGAUUCUGGGUUCAGCACCAAAGGCUGAUUUGGAAGAAACUGGACGUGUGCUGAGCAUUGGUGAUGGUAUUGCCCGUGUAUAUGGGCUGAAGAAUAUUCAGGCUGACGAGAUGGUAGAAUUUUCCUCAGGGUUGAAAGGUAUGGCCUUGAACUUGGAACCAGACAAUGUUGGUGUUGUAGUGUUUGGUAAUGACAAGCUCAUCAAGGAAGGAGACAUUGUCAAACGAACAGGAGCCAUUGUUGAUGUCCCUGUGGGUGCAGAUCUUCUGGGACGAGUAGUGGAUGCUCUGGGUAACCCCAUUGAUGGCAAGGGUCCCUUCAAGUCAGUGACAAGGGCUCGAGUUGGUGUGAAGGCGCCUGGUAUCAUUCCCCGAAUAUCUGUGAGAGAGCCCAUGCAAACAGGUAUCAAGGCUGUGGAUUCGUUGGUGCCCAUUGGGCGAGGACAGCGAGAACUGAUCAUUGGCGACAGGCAGACUGGUAAAACUGCUCUUGCUAUUGAUACAAUCAUCAACCAGAAACGAUUCAAUGACGGGGAUGAUGAAAAAAAGAAACUGUACUGUAUCUAUGUUGCCAUAGGCCAGAAGAGAUCUACAGUGGCCCAGAUCGUAAAGAGGCUUACUGAUACAGGUGCCAUUGGCUACACCAUCAUUGUUUCUGCUACGGCAUCCGAUGCCGCACCCCUGCAGUAUUUGGCACCAUACUCCGGCUGUGCAAUGGGAGAAUUCUUCCGGGACAAUGGAAAGCAUGCCCUCAUCAUUUAUGAUGAUUUGUCAAAGCAGGCUGUUGCUUAUCGACAGAUGUCUCUGCUGCUGCGUCGACCCCCUGGACGAGAAGCUUACCCUGGAGAUGUAUUCUACCUUCAUUCUCGACUGUUGGAAAGAGCAGCCAAGAUGAAUGAAACCAAUGGAGGUGGCUCCCUUACUGCCCUCCCGGUCAUUGAGACGCAGGCUGGUGACGUAUCGGCAUACAUUCCAACCAAUGUAAUUUCCAUCACAGAUGGACAGAUCUUCUUGGAGACAGAGUUGUUCUACAAGGGUAUCCGUCCGGCCAUCAACGUCGGUCUGUCUGUGUCGCGAGUAGGCUCAGCUGCCCAGACCAGGGCUAUGAAACAGGUGGCCGGUUCCAUGAAACUGGAGUUGGCUCAGUACCGUGAAGUGGCUGCUUUUGCACAGUUUGGCUCUGACUUAGAUGCUGCCACCCAGCAGCUGCUGAACCGAGGUGUUCGCCUCACUGAAUUACUGAAGCAGGGCCAGUAUGUCCCUAUGGCUAUCGAGGAGCAAGUGGCUGUCAUCUACUGUGGAGUUCGAGGUCACCUAGACAAGUUGGACCCUGCAAAGAUUACAGCUUUUGAGAAGGAGUUUUUGCAGCAUAUCAAGACCUCUCACAAGGAUUUGCUGGCAAAUAUUGCAAAGGAGGGCAAGAUUACUGAAGAUGCUGAUGCUAAGCUGAAGAAAAUAGUAUCAGAAUUCCUUAUCAGUUUUACUUCAUAGAUUAAGGAACUAUAAAUUGUAGUUUAUUAUAAGUGGAGACAGGUUCUGAAGUCUGUCGAACAGUGAGAUGUGUCCAGUUGUUGUAUCUGCAUUUGUGGAACUCUGUGCAGGAGAACAUUGAUUAAUAACAGUGUUAAUAUAAAAGUUUCUUCCAAGAUUCUGUCGAAUAUACAUUUAAAUUCGUAAUUAGCGCAAACGUACAGUUUGUAUGAGAGUUUUAAUUCGACACAUUUGUCAUUAUAUUUGUACAGUAUAUUGUUAAGUUAAUGUACCAUCUGAGUUCUUGGCUGUAAAAAUAAAGACUAGAACCAUCUCCAUAA